AUGGCAGCACCACCCCGUCUGCCACCAAUCGCAGCCCUCCCAACCCUCCCAACAGAACAACGAGCCGCAGUCCUCGAUACCCUCUUCGAGCCCAGCGCGCAGCUCCACACCCUCUCCCUGCCCCUGCUGCACGACCAAGCUUUCCCCUCCUACCCGGACCUCAUAGCCGCCAUCGGCGUCCAGCUAACCAGCCUAGCCGCCUCCGCUUCCUCCUCCGACACAACCUGGCUGGAAUCCAUUCUCGGCAGCCAUCCUCGGCUCGGCGCCCCCAAGGUCGACAGCGCGCAGUCCGCGGGCGAGCAGGCGCAGUUGCAGGGUGGGGAGGGGGAGAAGCUGCGGGAGCUCAACGAGCUCUACGAGCAGACGUUCCCGGGGCUGAGGUAUGUGGUUUUCGUCAAUGGGAGGAGUCGUGAGGUGAUUAUGGAGGAGAUGCGGGGUAGGAUUCGGGAGGGCACGCUGAGAGGGGAGCGUGAGGCUGCCAUUAGGGCCAUGUGCGAGAUUGCGGCUGACAGAGCGGCGAAGUUGAGUUGA